AUGCUUCACAAUGCCAGUCUACUUAUUGAUGACAUUGAAGACAACUCCAAACUUCGCAGAGGUUUUCCUGUUGCCCAUAGCAUUUAUGGUGUUCCAUCUGUUAUAAAUUCUGCAAAUUAUGUAUAUUUUUUUAGGAUUGGAGAAAGUUUUAACGCUUAAUCAUCCAGAUGCUGUCAAUGUUUUUCACCCAGCAGUUGCUUGAACUGCAUCGUGGACAAGGAUUAGAUAUAUACUGGAGAGAUACUUAUACUUGUCCUACUGAAAUUGAAUACAAGAAUAUGGUUUUUGCAGAAAACUGGAGGUUUGUUUGGGCUAGCUGUAGGUCUAAUGCAGUUGUUUUCAUCUUAUAAAAAAGAUCUGAAACCUCUGCUAAACACUCUUGGACUUUUCUUUCAAAUUAGAGAUGAUUAUGCAAAUUUAAAUUCUAAAGAGUAUAGUGAGAACAAGAGUUUCUGUGAAGACUUGACAGAGGGAAAGUUUUCAUUUCCUACGAUACAUGCAAUUUGGUCAAGGCCUGAAAGUACUCAGGUACAAAAUAUUCUGCGGCAGAGGACAGAGAACGUAGACAUCAAGAAAUACUGUGUGCAUUAUCUAGACAAGGUAGGCUCCUUUGAAUACACAAGACAGACUUUAAGAGAGUUAGAAAAGGAGGCAUAUGGACAAAUUGAAUUAUUAGGAGGAAAUCCUGAGUUGGUUUCAAUAAUUGAACAGCUAAGCCAAAUGUAUAAAAACCCAUCAUAA